ACAUGGACUCCUGUUAAGGUGAAGGCGGUCCAGCACUACAACGACAACACCGCGAUCUAUGAGCUCGCCUUCACCGGCGAAGGUGCCGACCAGAAGACCUCAGGCCUUACCAUCGCCUCGUGCCUCGUUGUUCGCUCGCCUGAGGGUGAGAACGCCGUCAAGGACGACAAGGGCAAGCCCGUCAUCCGCCCGUACACUCCUGUCUCGCCCCCCGGACACAAGGGCUCGCUCGACCUCAUCAUCAAGAGCUACCCCGAGGGCAAGAUCUCCAAGUGGUUCGCGAGCCUCAAGCCCGGAGACGAGGUGCUGCUCAAGGGCCCCAUCGUCAAGACUGAGUACCAACCCAACGCUGUUGACAAGGCUGUGUUCGUCGCUGGUGGCUCGGGCAUUACCCCUGCCUGGCAGCUGAUCAACCACGCCCUCGCGCACCCGGACGACAAGACCAAGUUCACUCUCCUUUACGCCAACGUCACCGAGAAGGACAUCCUUCUGCGUAAGGAGUGGGAUGCUCUCGCGGCUAAGCACCCGGGCCGCCUGCAGAUCGUCUACUUCCUCGACAACGCGCCGUCCGGCUGGAAGGGCGAGACCGGCUUCGUCACCGCCGAGCACAUCAGCAAGUACUUCCCCCGCGGCGAGGGUGACAAGGUCAAGGCGUACGUCUGCGGCCCUCCCGGGCAGUACAAGGCGAUCUCGGGCGCCAAGGACGGCAUGAAGCAGGGUGAGGUUGCCGGUGCUCUCAAGGACCUCGGCUACACCUCUGAGGAGGUGUUCAAGUUCUAA